AUGAAAGUUCCCGAUGGAAUGAAAGAAUUAGUUCAUAUUGUUGCUGGUCUUCAAAAAGAUGUUAAACAAAUGAGAAACGUUUUAACAUUACCAGAAGCUCAAGCAUAUGCUAAACGUCAUGGUCCAAAUUGGGAAGCACACGAAGCAGACAUUACGGGUCCGAAUGGAAAACCUGAUGGUAUAAAUGAAGUUUUCGUUACUGAUGGUCAAGGUAAUAUUAAAGUUAUAAAUGGUUACAAGUUAGCUAUAAGUGAUUAUCCUAAACGUAAAGCAUAUAAUGAACGUUAUCCUAUGCAAUUUGAUGAAAAUGGAAAAGCUGUUAAACAAUACAUUGGGGAAGGUAAAAAUGGUCCAAUUAAUUCAUACCGUCAUAAUCCAUAUUCUUAUUUCAAUGAAGAAUUAAAUGCUAUUGAAGAGGGACCGGAUGGAUUACCACGAUAUUCCAACCAGUUUGAUGGUCAAUAUGCAAAUAUUAGACCUGAAAUUUCAGCUAAGAAAUUCUUUAAAGUUGCUUUAUUCGAUCCA